AUGGUUAAAUGUGAGGAUACGAGAGCGAUGACGAGGUUGUUUAAGUUGGGGAAGCUGCUCGGAGAUCAGCAACGAUGAGCUCUACGUGUCCACCUCGACAGUGAAGGCGCGCCUCAUCCCUUGGACAGCGGAUGGACAGGCCAGAAUCGCCUCGUAUCUCGAUCGUUAUCUUUCUGGCGAGUCACCCGCACACAGUAAACGGGAUGGAGCCGAUGUGGGUCCGCCUUUGCCUCAUGGUACCUUGCAGCCUGCUCCCCGGAAGAUCAGCUACCGGCAUACGUCUUAGCCUUGCCGACACCGCAUUGCCAUUGGGUCGUUUCUGCGACAACCUGCAUUGCUAUCGUUUCCCCUUUCCUGGGUCCGGGGUUGGGAGGUCCAGGCCUAUUGAGGAAGAGGUGCACUGGCGCGUGAGAAAGGCUCGCCGAUAGUGGCGGAUGCUUUGGUGAGCUGAUGAAAAUACGCGAAGGUGUACGGCUACGAGCGAGUAUGUGGACCAGUAAGUGCCGAAGAAGCCUUCUCGUGGUCGCUUAACUUUUUGAAAGUGCAGCUAUACAUAGUGUGAGAGUUC